AUUGUUCAUUUAUUAAUUUUUUUUAAUUUAAGUAGUUUUUCAUAAAAUAAUUUACUCGCUUCAAACUGAUUAAAGCUGCCCAUUCUACCAUGACAAUUACUAAGUCUGGCUCUCAGUCCCUAGACUCUUUCCAUGAAAACUAAUAUUGUUUAUACCCCCCCCCCUCCAAAAUAGAAAGAAAAGAAACUGUUUACAUCUUUUAAUAAUAAAGAGAUUGGUUUUAUUUUUCAGUUAAAUUAAGAUUCUGUUUACCUUGUGGGUAGAAUAAUAAUUUUGUAACAGUGUUCACACCCAUCAACAAUAGUGAGGUUUUCAUUAUCCUUCAGUUCUUUAGAUUGCUUGAAUGGUGAAUUUCUUGAGUACUUCCUGGUAGAACAGAUUUUGUGGUCCAGACUACGUACUUAUUGAUGGUGUGAAAUGGCUGUUAUUCCAAAGGAGGAAAGAAAGCUCCAACGUAACUAUAGCACUGGCAUUCUCAGGGACAAACAUCGGUACUCCUUCUGGGAGAAGCUUCUCCAAGUUCCUGGCAGUGUAGGUUAUGGAGACCAAGAUACAAUGAUUACACCAUUUGCUCAAAUUCUGCAAAGCUUGAGAAAUGUACGGAACAGUUACAUCACCCUUGUAAAGGUACCUGCUGACAAGUCAAGAAGAUCUUCGUUAAGUAAUAAUUCAUCUCCAGUGUCAAACAAAAUUUCAGAGGAUCAGUAUGCCAAGCUAGCAAUGGAGACUCUAGAAAGAUUUGACUGGUGUAUAGACCAAUUGAAAACACUACAGGCACACAGGUCCGUGGGAGAUAUGACCUCCAGUAAGUUCAAGAUGAUGUUAAAUAAGGAACUCAGACAUUUCUCAGAAUCUAACUCAGGAAGUCAGAUCUCAGAUUACAUCUUCAGUACAUUUUUGGAUAAGCAGCAAGAUCUGGAUAUUCCAACAAAGCUGAUUGAGAAUGAACAUCAGAAUCACAAACCUCAACAUAAGGCUGGCCAGGCAAUCUUUCAAAUCUCUGGAGUUAAGAAGUCAUUGUGCCAGACAAGCAGCAUUACAAGGCUGCCGAAUUAUGGAGUAAACACGCCACACGAAGAAGAACUAGGAAAGCUUCUUGAAAAUAUAGAUAAGUGGGGAGUUGACAUUUUCAGGAUUGCAGAAUGCUCUUCUUACCGGCCACUUACAGCAGUGACGUACACGAUUUUUAAAGACAGAGGUUUCUUGAACACUUUCAAGAUCUCGGCAAAGACUUUGAUCAACUUUCUUGUAACUCUGGAAGAUCACUACCUCCAAAUCCCUUAUCAUAACAGCAUUCACGCAGCUGAUGUAACCCAGUCAAUCAAUGUUCUCCUGCUCUCUCCUGCAUUUCACUCAGUGUUUACAGACCUGGAAGUUCUUGCUGCAUUGUUUGCUGCUGCUGUUCAUGAUGUGGAUCAUCCAGGACUGACGAAUCAGUAUCUGGUCAACACUUUUUCUGAACUAGCAAUGAUGUACAACGAUGAGUCUGUUUUGGAGAACCACUCCUUAGCAGUUACUUUCAAACUGUUGCAAGAUGAAAACUGUAAUAUUUUAAAUAAUUUGAACAGGAAACAGCAACAGACAUUUAGGAAGAUUGCAAUAGACAUGGUUUUGGCCACUGAUAUGUCAAAACACAUGAAUCUUCUUGCUGAUUUGAAGACAAUGGUGGAAACAAAGAAGAUUGCUGGGACUGGAGGUGUUAUUGUUCUGAACCACUAUACAGAGAGGAUUCAAGUCCUUCAGAACAUGAUCCAUUGCUCUGACCUCAGCAAUCCAACAAAACAUCUAGAGCUUUAUAAGAAGUGGGUGGAUCGUCUUAUGGAGGAGUUUUACCAGCAAGGGGACAAAGAACGAAGACAAGGAUUAGACAUUAGCCCGAUGUGCGAUCGGUACAACACCACCAUUGAGAAGUCCCAGCUGCUUUGGGAGACAAGAUGCGAAUUAACGCGUUACUGGUCACAAGCUGCAAGACAUUCAGGUGGUCAGUUUGAUUCUGUAGCUGAAAUUCAGUCAUCAGCAGUUAAAGUAGGAACUGUUCCAGAAUUUAAUAAAAUGCUGUGGGUGGAUUUCAGGAAUAAUUAG